GAAAGAUGACCAGUGUUUCCAGCUUUGAGUCUGGUCACGCAGACAUGGUGCACGAUGCGCAAUUGGAUUACUAUGGUCGUCGUCUAGCGACAUGUUCAUCUGACCGGACUGUCAAGGUCUUUGACAUAGUGGGAGAUCGCCACACUCACCUCGCCGACUUGCGAGGACACGAGGGUCCCGUGUGGCAAGUUUGCUGGGGACAUCCGAAGUUUGGUUCAAUCCUCGCCUCCUGCUCAUUUGAUCACCGCGUUAUCAUCUGGAAGGAAGGCCAAGGCAAUCAGUGGCAACAGGCGUAUAUAUCUCCUGGAAACUUGCACACAGCCUCUGUGAACAGCAUUUGCUGGGCGCCUUACGAACUGGGUCUGAUCUUGGCGUGCGCGUCCUCCGAUGGUAGCGUCUCAUUCCUUGAGUAUAAAGCGGAUGGAACAUGGGAGAUAAACAAGCUUCCCGGUGGCCACAACGUGGGCUGUACUGCCGUCAGUUGGGCACCCGCGACUGCACCGGGGUCGCUAGUGAGCAUGAAGCACGGGCAGCCUGGAGCAGUCAAGCGCCUAGCAACCUCCGGCUGCGAUAACUUGCUCAAGAUCUGGCGCUACGGCGAGAUGGGCUGGGAGGAGGAGGAGGCCCUGGUUGGGCAUAGCGACUGGGUGCGAGACGUCGCGUGGGCGCCCAGUCUUGGCCUGCCCAAGAGCACCAUUGCUUCCGCCGGCCAGGAUGGCCAAGUGUUUGUCUGGAGCGAGCGGCCCGCGGGCGGCGGCUGGGACCGUAAGCUGGUCCACGAUUUCAAGGUGCCGGUUUGGCGGGUAAGCUGGUCCACGACCGGUUCCAUCUUGGCGGUGUCUGAUGGCAACAACGCCGUCACGCUUUGGAAGGAGUCUAUGGACGGUAUCUGGCAGCAGGUUACGCAGUAGUUUGGCUGCGAGUGUUUUGGGGGCUGUUGCUAUCUUGAAGGGCGUCGUCAUCAGGGAUGCGGGAAGGAAGGAAGGGCGAUAUCAGGGACAACGUGUGACGUAUGAUUGGAAAAACGCAUGAGGUGGGCGUGGGACUGGGCCUGUAUGUGGGGGGCAUGGGGCAGGGCCGAUAAACGCGAAUAAUUUGGUUUGGUGCUGGAGCGGAGGUUCGAUAAGGGGACAUUGACCUUGCGGAUGCGUUGGCUGGGCUUGACGAUGAGGCAGCGAGCAGCACCCACCAGGUUGCCGGCUUGCGCGGGUUCAUGAGGGUCUUUGGGGCCUAUCAGGUGUUGCGUCUUGGCGUACUGAGAUAGGUCUAGGUGCAUGUUCCAGACUGGCUUGGUGUGCAUUUUGGAGAUGGAAAAGAGGGUAAAAGUGAUAGGAGUGGGUGUUGCGCAAAGUACUUUGUGACGUCGGAGACGGUACAUAGCCAUUUCUGCGUGCGCGCUUGCACCGCGCUUACGCCAAUUGUUUUGGACGUGUUUUGCUGUGCUUGGGGAUCGAGGAAUACUUUUCUGGAGCAAGCGUGUAAUUUUAGGCAGAGCUGUGGCAUGGGCUGACUUCGUUUAUGGCAGCUGUUUAGCUGAACAUGAAGGUGGAGCGGUACGGUUAAUGAUGGGCUAUGGAUAAAUUAGAUACUUGGUUUACUGGUUUUAACUUAGCGAUUAUGUACACG